AAAUAUGUGGCUUACAUUGAUGAAGAGUGUCUCUCUUGCAAAACAUAUGUUACGUUGGACACGACCGGAUCAAAUAAAGUUUGCAAGGCGAGCACGUACGUACGUGUUGAGGUUUGAUCCCGCAGAUCCGAAAGCCCAACACGAACUUUGGAUAUAUUAGGAAUUGGUCGAGAAUCAAGUACGUAAAAGAAAUAUAAAAGAUGGAUAAUCGAAUGCUCAAAAACCCACUUCUAUUAAUUAACCUGUUUGAUUACAAAGAAAUUUCCCGAACGACACGCCGGAUUUGUGCUUAAUACAAGAAACAAGAGUAAUAAGGCUAUUCUAGGGCUUGAGUAUUAAAAUGCUAACCCUUACAAUGAUAUUAAACCUUCUAUUUAUACUAAUGGAGAGUAUGGGACGCUUUAUGCUGAUUGGCUGACGUUCCACCGACUUGAUCACUCAUGCCUCCACUUGCUGAUGUCACAAUUCGGCAUUGAUUGUGCCUGGCCACCUCUGGUUGUCCAUUGCCCGAACGGGAUAAUGGGCCCUGUGUAAAACAUUGUUGAUUUGGCCCAAGUAUGAUGUAUGACCCGAACCCCGUUCGGUAUGAAUAUCUCAUUGGGCCUACUUAUCAUAGGGUAGUGGGCUCGUUGUUUGGGCUGGAUAUCCUGGACCUUUAAUCCGGGUAUUGGGCUUCCGGGCCAAUAUCCCAACACGAGUCCCCCACUUCCGAUGUCUUGAAUGACAAUGAGUACAUUAGGAAGUAUAAGUGCCAUAAUAUAAAUGCCGAAUGGCGAUCGGGAUACAGAAAUGGUCAGUUCCCCAUACUGUGAUUUGACGGCUGUCGUUUGAGUUUUCCCAUAUUCAUCAUGAUUGUUGGUCUUUGCUCUUCCAUGCGACACGUGUUAUUUCAAAUGGUUCAAGUGACAUGUCUCUAUUUGAUUAGUCUUCGAUACGGCGCUUGUAAGGCUAUAAAUUAGCCUUUAGCUCCACGAAUCCGGGUUUCGAAUUUUCAAUCUCUUCGUGCCUUAGCUCUGCCUUUUCUCUCAACCCCUUCAAGCCUUUCGUGUCCAGGUACUUCUCAUCCCUUUAAUUCUCUCUUUUCUUUGAUCCGAUCGGUAUGAGUUCUCAACUACGUUUCGAUUCGGAAAUGGCUUCCCAAGGGGAAGACCAUGAUGUGGAGGUUAUCACCGUCCCUUUUGUUGACGGCUCCAAUGCGGCGACGGCAGAGACCGGCAGAGACGGAGGAUCCCUCCGGCAGUUCUUCUUCCUCCGGUGAAGAUUCCAACGACACCAAGUCUGAUGAUGAACUGGCUUCCAUGGCGGCCGGACGUCCAAGCGAUUUCCCUCGUCACACGCUUGACCUAAGACUGAUUAGGGAGAGGCGGCAAAAACUGACUUCUCACAACAGGGCCGAAAUCUCGGCCCUAAUCCUAGACCCAGUGGACUUCCGAUUGCGAGCUGGGCUUCACCCAAUGCGCCAUACCCCUGGGAUGGUUGUAGUCCACUUCGAUUCAGUUAGGCCUGGGCUUAGGUUUCCAUUGCAUUCCUUUUUCGUUUCAUUUUUCAAUUUCUACGAAAUUGUACCGGCCCAAGUCAUGCCGAACUCCUAUCGGGCAAUGGCGGGCUUUAUUUGCCGUUGUAAAGAUGUCGGUGCCUCGCCGACCCUAGACUUAUUUCAUCAAUUUUUUAAAGUGGCCCCCCAACAAACACAUGGAUAUCUGGCCACUAGUGCCCGAACGGGACAUAUCCUGUUUAAGGGCAAUCCGACUUCAAUCAAGGGGUGGAAAGAUCGGUUCUUCUUUGUGUCUGUCCCGGACGGCCUGAUCCCUCACAAAUGGAAUGCCUUCCCUCGCAAAUCUCCCGAUCCAGUCCUUACUGAGGAAAUUUACAAGGAUGUGUUCGCUGUGGAGAAAGACAGAUGUUGUGAUAUCAUGAGUUACUUGACUCCCGAUCGGCUUGUCGAAGCCGGGAUAGGUAUUGCCCGUUCUCUUAGGUUUACUUGUUUUGAGAAUCAAGUGCCAUGGUCCGGGCGGUCCUUCUCGUGCGAGCAACGUUCUCUUCUUCUUUGUUUCCCACGUGAUAAGGCCGCUCGAUACUAACAUUUUCCUUUGUUAUUUUUUAGCUCCCAAUCCAGACGCUACCAUGGAUAACAGCCGCGUCCUUGUUGCCGGUGGGGUUGGGAAAAGGAAGAAGUCGAAGAAAAAUCCCAAGCCCCAACCCUCUACUACUGCUGCUCAAAACCCUGAGCCUUCUCAGGCCGUUCAGGAGCCACAACCCAUACAACAGGUCCCCCAUCAUGACCAGUAUGAAGACAUGAUGAUUGGCGAUCGGUUCAGAUCUGACCAACUUCAUCAACUCACUGAGCAUUUUCAGGCUGACCAGGGUGCCACCACAAGUAUGGGCAAAACUCACACUGAUAAUCUCACUGGCCAGGUCGAACGGAUCUCUCUAUCAGAUCCUGUUCAUGAGGUGUUGGAGAAAGCUGGUUCCUCUGCGAGCAAAAUCUGGUCAACAUCCUCAUGGUUUAAUAACUUUGCAAUUCCCCAACUGCCGGUCGAGCAAUCUGAAGAGUGCUUGGCCCUGGCUGCUCUGAAGGUAUCUUAUUUUUCCUUAUGCUUUGUUUCUUAUUUUAUUCUUCCUUACAUAUUAUUUCAUUCAUUAUUUCCCGAACGGCGCUCUGUAGGUGGGAUUGUACACCUUGCAAAUGAGAGAUGCUCGUCUGGCCAAGGAACGGGGUUUGAUUGUUGCCCAGACCUCCGCUGAGCAAAAAGCUGCUGCUACUCUUACAAUAUUGGAGGCCGAACGGAAAGCCUUUGCGGAGGAAAAGCAAAGGCUGGUAACUGAGCUCGGCACCCUCCGAGUUCAACUGGCUGCUUCCCAGGCCAAGGUGUUUGCUGCUGAGUCCGCCCAGGUCAAGUUAGAGGAGAUGCCCUCUAGCAUCCCGGACGGCCCAUAUGAGGUGAGUGUGGAUUUGUCCGCCGUUCGGGAAGCAUUUAAAUCUUCAGAUGAAUUCUCCCUCAUUAAGGAAGACUAUGCCAGGCAGCAAGUCCCGGCUGCUUUUGGUGCUUUUUGGAAGACUUUUCCCAAAGGAGCCAAACGGCUUAAAGCAGGAGUGGAUCUCCUUGAUAAGGAUCCCGAGAGUAAGAAGUGGAAUGAUUCCAUUGUCUCAGAUUUCUACGCCAAGAUUGGCCAAGUCCUUCUACGCCCCUUCGUGGAUCAGCUUCAGAAUCAAAUUGGGAGACCAGUUCAGGCUGCCGAUCUUCCCCGGGCCGAGAUAAUUCAAGCUCAAUUUGAGAAGUACGAGCGGGAUCUCCAGAGGGAGGCUGAUCGCGCUGCAGGGAGGGAGCCUGAACCUCCCUCUGAUGAAGACGAUGAUGAAGAUGAUGAUGAAGAAGAAAAGGCCUCUGGACAUUAGUGUAGAAUUUAGAAUCUUUUGAUGAUUGUAAUUUCCCUUUCUUCUCGUAGUUUGUACUUUCCGGCCGGUAGAGCUGAUGAAUACAAUCUUUUUGCCCAAUGCUUUAUCUAAUUCUCUGUUUCUUUAUAUUAAAUUCGGCGCAUACUCAUUCAGAAUUCGGUUCACUUCAUAAGGCAUCUGUUUUUUCUUGUUUUUCUAUAGUUUGUAUAUCUGCGUUGAGCCGUUCGAUAUUCGGCCAGUUUCGUAGUACUUAACUGUUUUCCAUGCCUUUUGCUGCCUCCCUGUGUAAUCGUUCGAGAUAUGGCCGAUUUUGUAGCACUUAGUUGUUGACAUACUGUUUUGUUCACUCUUUGUCUGCUUCUCCAUGUUAACCCCUGCUUUACAUUGUUCAGAAUUCGGUCCACCUGGCGGGAUUCGUCUUUCUUGUGUAUUUCACAUUCGAGAUGCAGUAUAUUUUGUUGUACUUGGUCGUUUUCAUCCAUCAUUUUUCUUCUUUGUUGUUUUUUUUAAUAUACGAACACCCAUAAUUACCCGUUCGGUCUAUUAAAAGAGUUCAUCCUCAUUUUCGGGUACUGCUCGGAUUCUGUUUCUAUGGAUUCGACAUCACUUUCAGAGCCUCAAAACAUACAUCCCUGUUCGACGUUCAUUCGCUUUGCUCGGUUAACCAUAUUACUCGCAACCAUAUCCCGUUCGGGAUACGUGCUUAAUAUUUAGCCAUAAAUACGCCAUGAUUACUUACAACCACACAACGCCACGUGUUGUUUAUGGAUUAGGGUUUUGGGCGGCGCUUUCCCUAUAAAUAGAGAGGUGCUUACCUCUCAUUUUUUCUGUUGUUUCUCCAAUUCUCUCUCGCCUUCCUCUAAGCUUUCUCUCUCUAGAACUCUCAAACUUCCUGUUUUAUAUGUUCUUUUCCUCCGGUUCUUCAGAAGAAGAAGAUAUGCCGCUCAUUUGUCGUCCUAGAGGGAAGGGUUUAUCUGUUGACAAAUUUGGGGGUUCAUCAUCCCAAGUACCUGAUACCGCCAAUCUUAAAACCAAUCUGCCCGAACAGCCUGUCCCAGAUGAUGGGUGUCUAUCGGGCGAUGAUGUGGCUACUUAUAACAAGGGAAUGCCCGAACAGCCACCCUGCAUUCCUCUGCACUUCCUCCGAUGCCAUGAGUUGGGCAUCGCUCCUAGUGUAGACUUGUUCCUGCACCACUACUGCUAUCAGUCCUACUGGACCACAGGGUAUCUCAAGUUGGUAGCCCGAUCUGAUCGUCAGGUGUUUACGGAAAACCCUACACCGCCGGCUGACUGGGAGGAGAGGUUCCUCUUUGUUCGUGUAGGUACACCACUUCCAUUCCCCGACCGGUGGAAUGCGUAUCCAGUUCGGGAUUCUGAAACUAGACCUGAUGAAAUUCUGCUUUUGCAAUCUAAAUCUCUGUGUUUGGGAGGUUCACGGAAUCUUCGUUCUUUCAUUACUCCUUCCAAUUUGCUAACCGCUGGGAUUGGUAAGAUUGGUUUUGUCUCAACCCGUUCGUUCUCAAUUUUAAACUAUUAUGACUUUAUUUCCUUUUUCGCAGGUGUGAUUCCUUCUACCGCCGUUCGGCGAUCUACCCCUACCUCUACUUCGCCGACUUCCAUGGUGAAAGGCAAGGAGAAAAUAACGGUCUGGGCUUUGAAUGAUGCCGAUCAGGCCCGGAAGAAGCGUCGGGGUAAUGAUGGUGGCCAACUCAUCCCGGUCGAUCACGUGGUGGAUCUGACCGGCCCGGAGGUUGAACCAAAAAGAUAUGUCCUUCCUCCCAAACCCAAAACCCCAGUUCUUGCUGACAUGUCGGUCAAUGAUCGGAUGUUUAUUGAGUUUUCAAACAUGGGGCCUCGAGCAGAGAGACGAUAUCUGUUCGGGCAAAUGCCCUCUUCUAUGUGGUGCAGUACCGCUCUGAAGGUUCCCCCCAGCUUCUCCAAUUUGACUCAUUGGUCUGACCUGAUCGAGGCAGUUCACCAAGAGGCACUCAAGGUACAUUUCGUUUUGAUUCAUGCUUCUCUAUUUUUAAUUUUUUCAUCUCGUCUGACUUUGUUUGCCACUUGUUUGCAGGCCGGCGUAUACUAUCAUCGGGCUUUUCUGGCGGCCGAACAGGAGAUGAAGCUCCUGACCAGUGAUCGGGAAGAUGGCCAGGUUCUUCUUUCCGCCGCUCGGAAGCUGGCCGCAGAUUUGCAAGAUCGCGUCACUGAGGGUGAGAAGGCGAAAGCUGCUCUGGCUGCGAUGGAAGAAAGGACCCGACGUCGUGAUCGGGAAAUUAAAGAGCCAAGGUGCGGGCGGCUGAAUCUCCUGGGGUAAAAUUUGAUAAGCCCGAAGCGGAAAAUCCUCCUGAGCCAUAUACUGCCAAUACCUCGAAGAUCAGUCAACAAGCCGUAAUUGAGUAUCAACGGGGAAAAGGGCUGAACAUCGCUCUGGAAAAUACCGCUCGGCAAUUUUUGGGACCUCAUCUUGGUCAAUUCUUGCGUGAGAGCGAAGAUCCCAUUAGGGCAGGGAUCGAUCUUCUGGAUAGCACGCCUGAAGGGACGUCUUUCUUGGAUGUUCUGUCUGAGAAGACUGUGAAGCAAAGUCAGGAUCUGCUUCUAGACAGAAACCUUGAUCUGAUGUUAAAGUAUUUCCCCAAGCCAUUCGAUCCUGACGAACUGGGUUUUGACGAUCUGUUUGGGAAUACCUACGACCGGGAUGUGGAGAUGAGGAAGGAAGCAGUGCCUGAUGAUGCGGCGUAGGAUGGGAGCUCUCAACCCCUAUCUUCCCCGAACGGCGAUCAUCCAGUAGUAUAGGUCUUUGCAUUUUCUUUUUAUUUUGUAUCUUCCGGACAGUAGUGCCGAAGAAUAAACUGGAUACUUUUCUUUAACCGUGUUGAUGCAUUGCUUUUCUGUUUUUUGAUUCCUGUCCUUUCUCCAAGUUCAUAGUUAGGAUUCCCCGUUUAACAGUCCAUGUUACCGAACAUCACUCGGCUCGUUUAUAUCUAUAUUUCUGACACUAUUUCCAAGCCGUUUUGAUCCCUCUGUUCGUUCGUAAGGACAGGGUCAAAUUCUAUUAGCUGAAAUAAUGGCUCCCUCCAAAUUGUUAAGACGUUCGUCAUUCGGUCAUCCGGAAUGAUUUCACAUAUUAAAAGCUGAGAUGAGACUUUUUCUCUUCCAAACCCAUAAUUCCGAUGCAUUCCGAACAGUUUUUUCUGACUCGUAUCAUCCAUAUUAGGGGUUUGAGGUGACCAUUUUCAAACUAUAAGCAAGAUCACCGGAUCGGGUCAUUCCUUACUUAUAGCUAAAAUGGCGACUCACUUCCAAAUCAAGUUAAUGACUGAGGCGAGAUUUUUCAAAACCAUAGUUCCGAUUCCACGGAUGACAAUCCAUGUUACCGAACGUCGCUCGGUUUGUCCAUACUUAUGGUUUUGACACCAUCUCCAAGCCGUUUUGAUCCCUUUGUCCAGUCGUAAAUACAGGGUCAAAUUCUGUUAAUUGAGAUGAUGGCUCCCUCCCCAGCUCUUAACCCGUUCGUCAUUCGGCCAUCCGAAAUAAUUGUACGUGUUAACAGCUGAGGUGAGAUUCUCUAACAUCAAACUCCAAGCCGUUUUGAUCCCUUUAUCAAUUCGUAAUUACAAGGUCAAAUUCUGUUAGCUGAGAUAAUGGCUCCCUCCAAACUGCUAACAUGUUCCUCGUUCGGUCGUCCGAAACGAUUUCCAUGUUAACCGCUGAGAUGAGGCUCUCUGAGCAUCGAACUCUAAGCUGUUUUGAUCCCUCUUAUGAUCACAGGGUCAAAUUCUGUUAGUUGAGAUGAUGGCUCCCUCCAAACUGUUAACCUGUUCGUCAUUCAGUCAUUCGGAAUGAUUUCACAUGUUAAAAGCUGAGAUGAGACUCUCUGGAAGUUAUGUCUCCCUCUCUUUAUAUACAAUUUUUUUUUCAGAGGUGGCAACAGCCAUUUUUAUUGAUAAAACUUUCUCAAAUGUUCCACAUUCCAUGUUCCUGCCGGUCGACCUUCGGUACAUUGUAGGUCAAACGUUCCCGAGGCAUACUUUUUGCAGACCUGAUACGGGCCUUCCCAAUUUUGUGCAAUUUUUUCACCUUCGAGAGGUUUGCUUUUUUCUCGUUUCUUUAAGACCAGGUCCCCUACUUUGAUUGAACGAACUUUGACUUGCUUGUCAAAGUAUCUUCUCGUAGCUCUGUGAUAUUCCUCCAUACGUGUAGCCGCUAGAUCUCUUCUUUCUUCUAUGAAUUGUAAUUCAGUCCGUAGGUUGUCCUCAUUCCGCUCUGGAUUGUAAUGCACCGUUCGGGGUGUGGGAACUAGGACCUUUGUUGGUAUUUUGGCCUGGAAGCCGUAGGCGAGGGCACAUGGAGUUUCUCCCGUGGUCGUUCGGGGUGUUGUCCUAUAUGUCCAUAAGAUGUAAUUCAUUGAUCCGGCCAUGAUGAGGAGUAUUCUUCCAGUUUCUUCUUCAUGCCGUCCAUGAUGGUACGGUUCAUAUUUUCUACUUGGCCAUUCGCCUGGGGGUAUGCCACGGAUGCUCUGGAAUGCUUGAUCCCCCACUUAAUGAGGUAGUUCUCAAAACUCCGGCUUACGAACUGCCUUCCAUUAUCUGUUAUGAUCUGUUCGGGGAGGUCGAAACGGCAAAUGAUAUUCUUCCAGACAAACUUUUGGCAUUUGACGUCUGUGAUGCUAGCCAGUGGUUUGGCCUCCACCCAUUUGGUGAAAUAAUCUAUCCCGACAAUGAUGUACUUAUGGUUCCCGGGGGGCAGUAGGUAGGGGCCCUAGCAGGUCAAUCCCCCAUCUAACAAAAGGAAGAGCAACAGUCAUCGGAGUGUAGAAAGUGGUUGGCCGCCCGGGGACCGGUGCAUAUAGCUGGCAAACUUUACAUUUCCUAGUAUGCGUAAAACAGUCUUGUUGGAUGGUCGGCCAAUAGUACCCUUGCAGGAUGAUUUUUCUGGCCAAUGUCCUGGGUCCUUGAUGGCUUGAGCAGAUGCCUUCAUGAAUUUCUUCCAUUACUACAGCUGCUAGACCGGGAGGAAGGCAUUUUAGAUAAGGUCCCCCAAAUGUCUUCUUGUACAACUGCCCAUCCACUAGCUCGAACAUGGAGGCCCUCCUCUGAAUGCUCUUUAUCUGAUAAGCGGGAUUUUUAUCCUGUGGGAGGGUUUCGUCUUUCAGGUAGUUGGUCAUAUCUAUGACCCAAUUAGGAAUAGCAUAAGAUAUGGCCUCGACCUGGAGCACCAUGAUUGCUGGGGUUGCUAAGGUUUCCCGAUGGGCAAACCGUUGGAUAUGAGCUGGAAACUCCUGUACCUAAGACUGUCAACCGACCGGUCAAUCUCUGCACCUCUUUGAGGUUCCUAGGAGCUUCCAUAUCCAUGAUCGCUUUUACCUUUUCAGGAUUAGGCUCAAUACCCUUCUCGCUUUUACCUUUGAGAUUCAGCCUCAUGUUUGCCUUUUGCAUUAUCACGAACACCUUUUCUAUGUCCAGGACAUGAUUUUCCUUCUUCCGGCUCUUGAUCAGGAUGUCAUCAACGUAAGCCUCCAUUGUGACUCCCAAUACUUCAUUGAACAACAUCCCAAUCAUCAUUUGAAAAGUAGCCAUCGCGUUUUUUAAUCCGAAUGGCAUGACAAUAUAGCAGAACACACCAUCCGAAGUAACGAACGCUGUUUUUUCUGCAUCAUCUGGGUGCAUGAAAAUCUGAUGAUAUCCCCGGAAUGCGUCCAUGAAACUCAACAAAUCACACCCGGUUGUCUCAUCCACUAACAGAUCGAUCCUCGACACCGGAUAUGGGUCCAUUGGACAGGCUUUAUUCAGAUCCGAGUAAUCCACGCACAUCCUCCAAGUUGAUUGUUUUGGCGCAAGCACCACAUUGGAUAACCACUUGACAUGGAUCACCGGCCCCGACCAGAGAAAGCAUGCACACUCUGGUCCCAGUGGCCAAAGACGGGGCAAGAAACCAUGGCAACCGAGGACAGACGUACCGAGGACUCCACUCACACACUCGGUGAGUACCAUCCUCGACUAUGCGGAGGAGUAGGAUCUCAUCCUCAGAGAUCCCCACCCGACCAAGGAAAUAUACGCCGUCCACCUGGGCGGCACCUACUACCGCUACCACAAGAACACCUCCCACAACACCGACGAUUGCGUCACGCUAAAGCGAGCCAUCGAACGCUUGAUUCGUCGGGGGAACUCUCCCAAUUUGUUAAAGGUGCCCCACGAAAAAACAUGUGGGUGAGCACUGGCAAUAAAGGGGGAAUCCUCGACGAAGAAGCGUGAGAUCGGUAGGCUGAGCGAUGACGACGACUUCGAGGAGCCCCAGCCAAAGAAGUAUCACAUCCACACCAUCUGGUGAAGUUCUAUCAAUAAUCCGAAGGAAGUGCGCCGGCAGAGCCCCCCACCCCUCGGUAAAAAGCUCGAAAAAGAAGCUAACGCCUGAACGGGUUGUUGAUAGAUUACCACCCUCGGCCAUGAGCCACUUAUAUCAAUAGCAAGUUCUGUUCCGCUUAUUUUUUGUAAAUUUAAGUAAAGGAUGCCACACAACACAGCAUAUCAUAUCGACUCCUUAGAGCGAAACGCUCAGGUAUGGCCGACGAUGUCCCAGGACGAGGGGCCCGCAAAAUGGCCUGCGUCUUGAAACGGGAAGCUCACCGCGUCAUCCUCGCGCUAAAUCACAGGGAGAAAGGCCUGAAAGAUAUGGCUGAGGUGAUAAAAUCCCCACACUUGGGGUUGGGAAACGGCAGUCGUCGGUAACCGACCAAAAGCCUAGCCCGCACCGUAAAUAGAUGACGGGACCCCCCAAGAUUAAGGGACGAUCCACCACCAGAGGGCUAACAACUUCCCUCCUGGACUCCCUAUCAGACGAGGAAAUAGCAACCCCGUCAACCGAGCCUGAAAGAAGGAUCCCACACUCCUCGCUCAAAGAAGUAAGAGGAAGUCAAAAGAGGGAAGUCGAGGACCGUGCACUCGCCAGCCUCGAGCGAAAUCCUCACAAAUCAAAAGAGGGACAGUCGAAGGACCGUGCACUCGUCGGCCUCGAGCGAAAUCCCCACAAAUCAAAAGAGGGAAGCCGAGGACCGUGCACUCGUCGGCCUCGGGUGAACUCCCCACAAAUCAAAAGAGGGACAGUCGAAGGAACGUGCACUCGCCGGCCUCGAGUGAAAUCCCCACAAAUCAAGCCAAAUAUUCUGCUAAGUAUGUAUCAUGCAAAUACUAUGCAUUAUGGACGAAGCAAGACCAUACAUGCAGAUCAGAUGAAGGACCAGGCCUGAAUCGAUCUUUAAUCAUUAAUCUUUUAAAUUGAAUUUUGCUUCUAGUUGUAAUUUUGCAAAUUGGCAUAUUUUAGAACACAAUCACCUUUCUAUAUAUAUAGAAAAAGCUCCAACAAUUUAUCCAAAAAAAAAAGAAAAAGCUCCAACAAUUUGUGAUAGCCCGUGACUAAGAUUAAAUUAAGAAAAGUCCUUUGUCAUUCCUCAGAGAUACGAUACUCGGGGGGAAACCGAAAAGUUAAACUCCGUUUUACUACAACGCCGCGAAAAAGCGGUUUAUCAGCCAACCAGAAACCCAUCUAGUGACCACCGCUGGUAACUUGCCCAAUGACUCCACCCCUUCCCCUAUUACUCUUAUAGUGAAUGCCAUGCAGUAACCUAUUUAGUAAAUGCCAACCACUUAGUGACUACCGCCAUCGCCACCGUCUCGGCCAGUGACCACCAACCUCUCUCCCGCCACAUGUUCCAGUCACUAUCCCAUUCCCGACUACUACCCCAAAGCCCUAGCUCUGCCGCAUCGCCUACACCAAGUCCGCCGCAACAACUGCCCCACUAAUUGCCGCUCCCACCCUCCGACAACCCGACCCCCAUCCAUGCCUUACCCCUCCCCUAGUCCGCCACUGCCAAUCCCCCCGAUCUGUAGCCCAGAUUCCCUUGCGCUCCCCCACGCACACAUACCACAUAUCCUCUACCUCUAGCAUCGAUAUGUAAUCGUUGCCAACUUGUAACCUCUAUCGAUAGACAAAUCUAACGAUGACGGUGAUGGUUGAAAUAAUAGUAAAAACCAAACAUGACAUCAACAAUCGAAGAGGAUGAGAUGUGUCGUGUGUCGGUGAGAUGCUUCAGAUCUUCAAUAGCUAUGGUUUGCGAGAAAGAAAGGAGAAGAAGAGGAAGAAGAAGGCUUGAAGAUGACAUCGAACGAUUACGAUGAGGGGGUAGGUGACGGACGAGUGGGCGACGGCGUUUGUUGUUGACCUGAGCCACCGAUGUUGGAGUGAGAGCAAUUGGCCGGCAAGAUGGAGAGCGGUUGAAGGCUAACGAAGUUGUGGCAAUGAAGGGGGAAAGGAAAUUAAUUAGGGAUAUUUCACUUUGUGGAAUUGUUUAAUUUAGAGGUGGUGCAUGGUAGCAACUAGCAAGGCAUUAUCGGCGGUGGCACACCUCCUGUUGUCCGUUAAGGUAGAUGCAAAUGAUAGGUGCGGAGGUUUGGGCAGCUCUUGUUGACCUCUGCAUUAAAUUCCCGUAACAAUCAAUAAUUAAUCAAGGUCACGUUUUUGGGAAAAAGGAAAAGAGCAAUACUUUUGGAAUUCAAAAGUCUAACAAUAAUAUAUAGAGGUCAUUUUUUCAUGAUUUUUUCUAUUCUUUUUUUUUUUGCGAUGAUGAUUUUUUCUAUUCUGGUCUGAGAUUGAAUAGUAAGUAUAGACAUCCCAAAAAUUACACAUCCACCUAUAUAUUUUUGAAUCGCAUUUGCCUCUCGUAACUGCAUGACUCAUAUUAGAAUAAGGAAUCAAUUUCUUGAAUUAUGAUAUUUUAAUUAACAUGAGUUCUGGUAAUUCACGAGAGAAGUCUUUUUAAUAGUAUUAUUGAUUCUCAUAAUAAUAAUAUAUUUUUAAUUAAUAUUAUUUGAGAAUAUUGUAUUGUUUGAAUAAGUUAAAAGUUAUUGCUUAUGCAAUAGUUCUUUUAGAAAAGUGAAACUAAAUGAAUCGUGUGUUUUAAUGUGAACAUUUAUCUAUUGAAGUUUCAAUUGGGAUAGCCGGAUAGGGUAGGAGCAGUUGGAGGUGGAGGUAGAGUAGAAGUGGUUAGGGUGGGAGAAAUGGGGUAGGAGGUUGUUGAGGCAAGGUGGGAGUGUGGGGUAGAAGUAGGAGUAUACUUGUCAAUAUACAAAAGCUCAAUAUGUUUUUUGAUAAAAUGAGAGUGGAGUGCUACUAAGCAACAAUAUAAGACAAAAAGUGUUUAUGAGCUGACAUUUAUCCAAAAAAUUGUUAACUCUACUUUUGUUAUUAAGUUAAAAGUGAAAUUAACAUGAAGACUUACCCUUAAACAAACCAGACUUCAACAAUUGUAAAAUACAAUUAUACCUGACAUAGACUAGACUUAAACAGCCAGAUCAAACGAGAAAAGUUCAAUCCAAUUUAAAACAUCCUUAAAUUUGAAAUAAAUAAGAUCCAAAAAUUGUUUGUGUAUGUCAAUCCUAUGAGCGAAUAUGGCUUCAUGUUACUGCAAUACGUCAAUGUUACUGUUUUCUCAAUAAAAAUGAAGGAGUGAGUAUCAACAUUUGAAAUACUGCAAUCCUUAGGGGAAGAUUUCAAUGGAGAUGUAGUACAUGAAUGAUAUUGAUUAUCAAAUAUGUAUAAUUUUUUGUUUAUGUUGUUAGGCCAAGACAAAUGCACCUCAGAGUUUUGCUAGUGGUACAUAUAUUCUUACAAAAAGUCUUACAUCAUGGUAGUAGUGUUUAACACAUCAUAUCACUUUUUACACUUUUUACAGGUGAA